AUGCUUGGUAGCAUAGAUUGCAUGCAUUCGGGUUGGAGGAACUGUCCAGUGGUAUGGCAAGGGCAGUACACCCGAGGCGACAAGGGACAUCCAACAAUCAUGCUUGAAGCGGUUGCUUCAUAUGAUUUGUGGAUCUGGCAUGCCUACUUUGGCCCUGCUAGUUCGAACAACGUCCUCAACGAGUCAGAUUUUUUCGAUGAUUUGCUACAAGACAGGGCUUCUAAAGUAGAGUUUUCGGUGAAUGGGGAGCAGUUUACAAAGGGAUAUUACCUAGCAGAUGGUAUUUAUCCAGAAUGGGCUACUCUUGUUAAGUCAUUCAAGUGCCCGAUGGACCUGAAAACCACCAAGUUCAAAAGAUACCAAGAAGCUGCCAGAAAGGAUGUCGAGCGAGCAUUUGGGGUUCUUCAAGGUCGUUGGCAGAUUAUUGAACAAUAUGCGCGGCCAUACAGUACCAACAAGAUAAAAUGGAUCAUGUUAUGUUGUGUGAUUCUGCACAACAUGAUCGUUGAAGAUAACGGCCGUGCAAUUACAAAGUUUGAAGAAUAG